CUGCCACGGCCGAGCAGUGCAUGCUGGGAUACAGAGUGAAUCACAAUGGCGGCGAAUCAAGAAGCCUCCUCCGCUCUCACUCUCACAUGUUUACUUACAGCACUUUUACUUCCAACCUGCCGGACCUCUGCCGAGGAGCUGAAGUGGGAUGAGAAUGGCUACGUGCUGUACUGCCCCUGCAUGGGUCGAUUUGGAAACCAAGCAGAUCACUUCCUUGGGUCCUUGGCAUUUGCAAAGAUGUUGAAUCGCACCCUCGCAGUCCCUCCAUGGAUUGUUUACCGCCACCAUACGCCCCCUUACACCAAUGUUCAUGUUCCCUACAGUGAGUUCUUCAGGCUGGAGGCCCUAUCUGCUUAUCAUCGUGUCAUCAGUCUGGAGACCUUCAUGGAGAAGCUGGCUCCCAAAUAUUGGCCGGUGGGACAGAGAAACGCCUAUUGCUUCGAAACUGCUGCACAGAGGAGUGCAGAUAAGAAGUCCUGCCCUAUGAAGGAUGGGAACCCAUUUGGUCCAUUUUGGGACUAUGUCGGAGUGGAGUUUGACAAGUCUGUCCUAUUUGGUGGCAUUUCAUUUGGCACCUACCACCAAUCUCAUUGGAUGAGGAAGUUCCCUGCUUCAGAGCACCCGGUCCUGGCCAUGCCUGGGGCUCCUGCUCAGUUCCCAGUGAUCGAGGAGCACGUGGGCCUGCAGCGCUACGUGGUGUGGUCAGAGAACAUGGCCAAGGAGGGAGACGAGCACAUCAGCAACCUGCUGCUCCGGCCGUACGUCGGCAUUCACCUGAGGAUUGGCAUUGACUGGCAAAACGCCUGCAAGAUGCUGAAGAGUGGCGACGCAGGGCCUCACUUCAUGGCCUCUCCUCAGUGUGUCGGCUACAACCGCCAGACAGCGCUGCCCCUCACCAUGACCAUGUGCCUUCCUGACCUGGCCGAGAUCCUUCGGGCCGUCAAACUGUGGGUGAAGAAGACGUCGGCCCGCUCUGUCUACAUCGCCACAGACUCAGAAUCGCACAGUAGGGACAUUGAAAACCUCUUUAAGGGCAAGGUGAAGGUGGUGCAUCGCAAGCCAGAUUUGGCCCAAACAGACCUUUAUAUCUUGGGCCAAGCUGACCACUUCAUUGGCAACUGUGUGUCGUCCUUCUCCGCCUUUGUAAAGAGAGAACGGGACGUCCACAGCCGCCCGUCUUCCUUUUUUGGGAUGGAUAAGCCUGGGAAAAUAAGAAGAGAAGAACUCUGAGCUUGACUGUGAACUGACUUAUGGCUUAUAGGUCAUGGAGAGUGACCUCUUGACUCUGAUGUUGGAUGAGCACAAGUGCAACCCAGUGGAGUAUGUAGAGCAAGGGUAGGAUUUAAGGUAACAGGCAAAGCUCCAAUUUUAGAAUGGAUUUUAAUCCGUGAGAAUGAGGGAAGGGCUUAAGAGACAGGACAUAGCAGGUUGGCAGUGUAGUUGAAAUGUUUGUGGCAUAUCAUGACGUGGGCACCGCUGCUAUCAAGAGACACUUUAUCUUUGUAUGUUCUUUGAUUCCUCAUAACAGUAAUUGCCUGCAUAUGUAUAUCAAAGCAGGUUUUUCUUUCAGGCAAGCACAUACUACACAGUUUUGCAUUCCAGUCAAGUUAGCAGAAGCUCAGGUCACCUCAGUGAACCCUGGAAAAGACUGAUUGUAAUGUCAGUUAUCAUGUUCUCACUCUAUUUUUCUCUCUCCUUCCCUCCUUCUCUUUCUCCUCUCUUACUCUCUGCCUUCUCACCCUCACCCUAAUGAGGGCACAGUAACUGAUCCUGUACAUGCUUAUUAUAGGGAGGACGAAGGAAACAGUCUUUACACCUCUCAGUGUACUAAGGCCAAAAAAUUGACAAAAUGUCUGUAGACCAGCCUUGAGUUUUAUGCAGACAGCAACACUGUUGUGUGUCUGCAAAUGUAGACAUGUGUGUUCAGGAUGGGGCAAAAGAGUUGAUAUACACUGUGCAUAGUUGAAAAUGGUUGAGCUGAUUUAAUGUAAGUGGGAAUGAAUGGCAGAGUAGUUGUGUUUUGCUGUAUGAAGCCAGUGAAUGCACUGAUUUUGUAAGGUGAUCUGUCAGAUUUUUCUAACACGUUUUUCAUCAAUAAAUUGAUGCACACCGCAUUUUCUAAGAAUCAA